AUGGCGACAUGCUGCUCCUACGAGGACGUCAAACGAGUGCGCGACCAGAAACGACUCGGCUCCUUGAUCAAGCGGGUAGAUACAUACGAAGCCCUUCUUCGGGAACUGGAAACCGAGGUGGACCUCCCCACAGCGCGCAAGAUCAAAAAAGCAUUAAAGUCCAAACCUGGGAAAUCCUCUAGAAACAAUGUCGACUCCGAUGAUUCCUCUACCUCGAUGGGCUCACUCGAUGCUAUCGACCAGGUUGAUGAAGACCUAAAUCGAAAUGGGGACACCCGUGCUGCGGGCUUCUUUGGGAAGAAUUCUGAAAUCAAUUGGAUUCGCAAGCUGGAGAGCGGCGUGAGUAUGAGUCCGCAGGAACAGGUGCCGAAUCCGUUUCAUAUGGAAAGUCACCGUGAUCCAGCGUCUGUUCAGCAGCUGCAGCAGUCAUUGGAAAGGCAAAUUCCUACUUCUAUGAUGGAUUACCAUCUUGAUAGCCUUGAUAUUCCGUUGAUUGAACCAUGCGAUCCGUUGGCGGUGCCCCCACGGGAAUUGGCAGACCGAUACUUUGACACCUACCUGACCAACGUCCAUCCGACAUUCAACGCAAUUCGGAGGAUGACUUUUAUCUCCCAGUAUCAGAAGUUCUUCAACCAUGCAUCGACACCACACCGGAAAUGGCUGGCCAUUCUGAACAUGAUCUUUGCUAUUGGUUGUCGCUACUGUCGACUCAUAGAUGAUCCCCUACGCAGCGGCGAGGAAGACUUGCUGUAUUUGACCCGGGCACGCCAUCUGGGUCUGCAUAGCAAUGUGCUAUUCGAGCACACCGAUCUCCAACAGAUCCAACUCGAACUCCUCGUAGCAGUUUACCUGCUUUGUCUGGGACAGGUCAACCGAGCAUCCACAUUCUCCAACAUGGCCCUCCGAUCAGCCCUCUCUCUCGGCAUCAACCUCCGCCUAACAGACGACCGCACCAAAGACGCCGCCAAAGAAACCCGCGGUCGCCUCUGGUGGUCCAUCUACUCCCUCGAGCACAUCCUUACCUCAAUGACCGGCCGUGCCUCCUGCGUCGGCGAAGGCCUCUGCUCCGUCCCUGCACCACUCCCCUACGAAGAAGAAACCUUUGACCACCCCGAUGCCAAGCGCCUCCUCCAAGAUCCGGCCCUCCGUGAAGCCCAACUCCGCUCCACCCUCUUCGAACCCCCCAGUCAACAUCACUGCCCUUUAUGGGUGACCUCCUGUCCACCCUGCCCAUCCCUCUUCUUCAACUUCCUCGUCGACCUAACCCUGAUAACGCACGCCCUCAUGAACAAAGUCUACAGUAUCGAAGGCCUCCGUAAAGGCCCAAGCCAAGUAGAAUACCACGUCCAAAAAUCCAGUCUCCAAAUGGACCGCUGGCUCUCGAAACUCCCCCUCUUCUACCAAUUCACAUUCCCAAACACCAACCCCUGGCAUCUAAACCAGCCAGGACUAGAUGAUCUCUCUGCCCCCUUCGUCCGCGAACGCGUCUGUCUAGCAAUGAACUACUAUUCCGCCCGUAUCACCCUCUACAGACCAUGUCUAAGCCACAUCCACCACUCCCCGCGACAUUCCUCCCCAACCGGCGAACCCACCGCACGCGGGAAACUCCGCUCCGAAAUGGCCACACACUGUCUUCAAGCUUCCUGCGCGCUCAUCUCCAUCCUCCCCGAAACUCCGAACAUGACAUGGCUGGCUCGCGCCGCGCCCUGGUGGAGUAUCCUGCAUUUCCUCAUGCAGGCGACUACCGCUCUCUUACUGGGGUUAUCGUACUGCUCGGGCGCGUAUAUGUCCAACAGUCCGGACCGCGUGAACCCGCUCCUCUCGCCUGCUACCCCGUCUAUGGCGUCGGGAGGAACCUACCCGCUGCUGGAGAAGGAUUUGAGUACGGCUGUUGCGGCGACGAAGAAGGCGCUUUCUUGGCUUCAUACUACUGCUUCUGUGGAUCCGGCGGCGCGGAGGGCGUUUCUGCUUUGUGAGGGGAUUGUUAGGAAGAUUGCGCCUGGGUUGGGGAUUGAUUUGAGUCAGUGGCCGGAUGGGAGUUGUUUUGAGGGGUUGAUGGAGGGGAAAGAGGGGUCUAGUGGGAAUGGGUGGAAUGUGGAUAGUGGGAGUAAUGGACAUGAUAGUGGGAGUGGGAUGGAGGCUUUUGAGGAGUUGGUUGAUUUUGAAGGUGGUGUGUUUUAG